AUGCUAGUGCGCGUAAACGUAGUGCUACUGCACCCACUCACGAGACGACCCUGCAGACAAGGAGGGCCCCACGGGCGGGUCUCCGGCAAUGCGCGUGGUGUCCGCGGUAUGGCGUCUGGUGUCUUCGACCCGUGUCUUCUGCGUCUGUGCGGGUUAUGUCCUCUUGUUGGCCAUGCGCGUGGCAGGGAGACCGCAAUACGUUUUAGAGAAUUCGGCUCGGCCGACGUGGGAAACUCCUUCUGCUGGGCCUUCGUCGGUCCACGAGGACCUCGGGAAGCUCCUUGUGGACCUUGGACGACAGGCAGGUGGUCCACGCAUGAAGAGGACUGCCAGUGGUGAAGCAGGGGUUGACGGCGACGGCGAGGGAGCGACAUUAUAAUAUAUAUAUUUAUAACAUCAUGCCUGCGAUCCUUAUUACAGCGGCCAUCUGAAUCCCAGGCAAGUGGCGCCCCUGCACUGAAGCCGCCACAGAGAAUAGUUCGCUCCAGUCGCUAUUUUCUCCGUCGAGGGCUCCACGGAAUUGUCGUGACACAUACAGAUACGAGGUUUUCGCUCUGCAAGUCGCUGCCUGCAGCGUUGCUCCAUGGAACGGGUAUCGUGCAGCGUACUCGACGUCUUGAGACGAUGGCAACGAUGCGCAAGUCACUUUCGUCUCCUCUCUGUUCCACGCUUUCGGAAUCGAGGCAAGCUUUUACAUCUGCGGGAAGUUUAUGACGCACCCUAUCCCUAUCGAUAAGCCGACUCCGGACCAGUUAGUUCGCAAAUGGGACUUUUUGUGAUUGUGAGCUAACAUGUUAGGCUAACACGAGCAUCUAUUUAUUUCUAUCAUAUUGGAAAGUAGAUAGAAACGAGUUGAGCAUGAAGGGCGAGGUUACAACAGAUGCUGUCG